CCAAGUUUCAACUUCCAAUCCGAGAAGUCAACAUGAGACAUAGCAGCGCGGUGCGUUCAGAGCAACCGCCGCAAUCCCAACCUUCACCUUCAGUUUCACUCCCUCACCGGAAGAAGAAGCGCAAGCGCAGAUCCACCGCCUCUUCCACCUCCGUUUCCUCCGAAACCACCUUGGUCAAUGGCCCUCAAAAUCACUUCCAUCUCACUUCUCACACACAUUUCGCCGCUCUUGUUUGCCACCAGAAACCUAAACCGGGACAGAAUACGGCGACUGUUGACGCCGACGGUUUUAGUUUUGGGGAGCUAAGGCAGAGAAGCGUGAACGGCGUUGGAAAUUCGGCGGUUACGACCGUUGACAACGGUUACGGCAUGGAAGUUAGUUCGGUUAGUGAUGUAACGCUAGAAUCGUUGAAGUUGAAGAGUGUCUUGGCAGAAGAUUCGAUUUCUAAGAAGUCACCUGUAACGUACUUCCUGGAUAAAGUGUACCAUGGAAAUUCUGUAUGGAGCACAACAACUAUUGGGAAUGAAAAAGGACGAGAAAGAGUUUACGACACUAUCUUCCGCUUGCCAUGGAGAUGUGAAUUGCUUAUAGAUGUUGGUUUCUUUGUCUGCUUCAAUUCAUUUCUGUCAUUAUUAACCAUCAUGCCAACAAGGAUAGCAAUGACCAUUUGGAGGCUUCUGAAAACAAGGAAGUUCAAGAGGCCGUCUACAGUUGAGUUGUCAGAUUUUGGCUGUUUUCUUAUUAUGGCUUGUGGAGUCACUGUUUUGUUGCAAAUAGAUAUCAGCUUAAUAUAUCAUAUGAUUCGUGGUCAAGCAACAAUCAAAUUGUAUGUGAUCUACAAUGUGUUAGAGAUAUUUGAUAAAUUAUGUCAAGGUUUUAUUGGAGAUGUACUGCAAAUGUUAUUGCAUUCAGCAGAAGGACUUGCAAAAUGUCCCCCUGAAACAGAGAGUAUGAGAUUCUGGACAUGGAGAUUUAUUUCUGACCAAGUUUUAGCUGUUGUUACUUCAAUUGUUCAUUCAUUUAUCUUAUUAGUUCAGGCAAUCACUUUAUCAGCCUGUAUUGUUUCUCACUACAAUGCCCUGCCAGCUUUGCUAGUGUCAAAUAACUUUUCUGAGAUCAAAAGCUACGUGUUUAAGGGUUAUAGUAAGGAUAAUGUUCACAGUAUGGUGUACUAUGAUUCCAUAGAGAGAUUCCACAUCUCAGCAUUUAUUUUAUUUGUUUUGGCACAAAAUAUUCUGGAGGCAGAAGGAUCCUGGUUUGGAAGCUUUACCAUUAAUAUCCUCUUGAUUUAUCUAUUUGAAAUGGCUAUAGAUGUGAUCAAGCAUUCAUUCAUUGCCAAAUUUAACAACAUUACGCCCAUUGCAUAUUCUGAGUUUCUUGAAGUCCUAUGUAAACAGACCCUACAUAUGCAAACUGAGGGUGCAAAGAAAAACUUGACAUUUGUCCCUCUUGCUCCAGCAUGUGUGGUCAUUCGAGUUCUGACUCCUGUAUUUGCUGCUAACCUUCCUCACAAUCCCCUUCCGUGGAGGCUUUUUUGGAUUCUGUUAUUUUCAGCAAUGACCUACAUUAUGCUUACAAGCCUUAAGGUUCUGAUUGGCAUGGUUCUUCAGAAGCAUGCCAGAUGGUAUGUCAACCACUGUCAAAGGAGGAAGCAUCAUCUUCAUGCAGAUUAACUUAAGAAGCAACUAAAUUAAUUCAGUCUGCUUUUAAGGGAUUCCUUUUCUUUUCCUGAAGAGCGCAUGUGGAAAGAUCAUGUGAUGAGGUGUUGACUCGGAAGUCAUC